ACUGUUGGCCGUUCGCGUUUGACAUCCGGAAGGUGGGGCUUUUGCUGCUUGUGCCGUUUUUUUUUUUUUUAAUUUUACUUUUUUAUUUUGACGGAACCAAUGCGUCGAUAUGGUACGUUAACCCCAACUUCCAGGUAGCAUCGACCAAACCACAAAUACAAAUCCUGCAUUGGUUGCGUCAAGAGCGAGGGGAAGUCUUGCGAGCUAGGCCCAGACCACUGCGACCAUGGCGACGGGUAAAAGUAAAAACCAGAGUUCUCUCGCUCUGCACAAGGUGAUUAUGGUGGGCAGCGGCGGCGUGGGAAAGUCAGCUCUGACGCUACAGUUUAUGUACGAUGAGUUUGUGGAGGAUUACGAGCCCACCAAGGCCGACAGCUACCGGAAGAAAGUGGUCCUGGACGGGGAGGAGGUCCAGAUCGACAUCCUGGACACGGCCGGCCAGGAGGACUACGCCGCCAUCAGGGACAACUAUUUCCGAAGCGGGGAGGGCUUCCUGCUCGUCUUCUCCAUCACCGAGCACGAGUCAUUCGCGGCCACCGCAGAAUUCAGGGAGCAGAUCCUGCGCGUGAAGGCGGAGGAGGACAAGAUCCCGCUGCUGCUGGUGGGGAACAAGUCGGACCUGGAGGACCGCCGGCAGGUGUCUGUAGACGAGGCCCGCGGGAAGGCCGACGAGUGGGCCGUCCAGUACGUCGAGACGUCCGCCAAAACCAGAGCCAAUGUCGAUAAGGUUUUCUUCGACCUGAUGCGCGACGUCCGAGAGAAGAAAAUGUCGGAGAACAAGGACAAAAACGGAAAAGGCAAGAACAAGAAGAACAAGAAGAGCUUCAGAGAGAGAUGCUGUCUCCUCUGAGAUCCUUCGGCAACUUCAUGACGCACAAACCAACCGUCCGGUUGUUGUUUUUUUGGGGCCAUUCAGUCAAGUGCACAUUUUUUUUAGCCAGUACGAGUUCACGGGAAACUAAGCACGGAUCCCGCCUGCCAAACGGCCACACUAAACUUAGUUUUGGGAGGGGGACGGAACUCGGAGACGCCGACUGCCAUCGAUGGCGUCCGCCCGCCAUCACGGUGCAACGCUUUUGUUUGUUUUGCGCUUUGAAUUUUAAUGUCUACAUUAGCGGCUAUUUUCUCUUUUGACUGCAAACUAACUCGAUUGUCAUGUUAAAGCAAAUUGACAGCAAAUCUAAUCUUGUCUUUUGUGAUGCAAUUGAAAAAUAACCUGUUGAGAACAUCCGUGGAUGAAGUCAUAUGAGUUUUUUUUUUUUUUUUUUCCUGGUGCUUCUCCAAUAUUGAUGUGAUUGUAAAACCUUGCCGCUUUUUCCAAAGUGCACGUCGUACUGUCCGUUUGCUACCACAGCUCAUCUUAGACGACUUUUCUUUCUUUGGAAGAACACGCACUACAGCAGAUGUUGGGAGGUUGCCACUAAAAAUAUAUAUUCAAACUACUUGAACAGCGGCAGCGAGUUUGUCUUUUAAACACCUUCCUCCAACUAACAUGCAACUUUUCCAACAUUGUUUUUCCCCCCCCAUGUUUUUAUUUCUGUCCUGUGAGCAUUUCUAAAUAAAUGUGUUUUUAUAUACACUG